AUGGUCCAAUUCUUAAUAUCGGCUCCACGGGUCAUUGUUCAAUGGCGGAACCAAAAGCCGUUUCCUCCUCCCUCAAAGUCUGCAAAGAGAUGGUCGACGGCAUGGGCGGCGCCCAAUCAACCCACUACGCGCGAUUCAAAAACUACAGCUUUAUACCCCAAAGCAGCACGUGGCCUCUCUUAUCACCGCACCACACACUACCACAGUCCUCGCGCCACGCUUCAGCAGGCUCAAGCCUGCCUGCCAUGGGUGGCAUCCGAGAAUGCUUCCGCGCCGCCCUCUCAAUUUUACUCAUGCAGGAAGUUUGCCGUCACACACUUUCGUCGGAUUUCUCUCUCGUUGCUCUUGUCCGCAUCUUUGCUCACGCUGAUGCCCGCACUCUUGCUUACACUGAUGCCUACCUCUUCUUUCCAAAUCCGCUUUCCUCACCGUCGCUUUGCGGCUCCUACAAUUUGGGAUCUGAACUCACUUCGCCGCGUCGCUCUCGCUCCUACUGCCAUGGGAAUCGCAGCUCUCUUUUGCACAGGUCGGGGCCGGGUUGCCCCUGCCCCUCCGGGGCUUCCACCAAACAUUUAUUCUUGUUCUUCCUACCACUUCUAA